CACAUUCUUCCACAUGAAAGUCACCAAAAGUUUUCAAAACAAUACAGGAAUAAUAUUGUUUCAUAUAAAGUGUCGUAAUUAGUUGUUUUUGCGGGUUCUGAUCGAUAAUAUUAAAUUAUUCAAUCCCAAAUACGAAGUAUUGAUACGUGUUGAUAUAACAACUAUAUAGUUGUAAGCAUAACUAAAAGAAACUAUUGCGAUUGCAUGUCUCGAAGGUUUACUGAAGAAGCACCAUUGCGUAGAGAAGUGAACGCUGUCUUACAACUACAUCAUCAGUACUGAAUACUCAUAGGCAGAUAUUAAUUGGAAUAGUGAAUGGAAAACAGGAUGACAUAGAAGUGCAAAUAUAAUUGAAUACAUUUUAAAUUCUAGACAAUUUUGUAAGCUUCCUGUUUUCAUUCGGUAGUUGGACAAAAUGAUAUGACCCUGGCUUGAAAGAAGCUCAAUUAGAAGACAAUGGAUAUAAACUACGACGAAGAUCUCUCGCAGAAUUUGUUCUACCAGAAACUGCAGGCUGACCAUCAGAUAUUUCUGGACACUGCUCCAGUUGAGGGAUGGAUAAUAUGCAUUCCUCGAAGUGGUUUAAUAAACGAGAAAUGUCUGGCAGAUCAAGAAUUCUUUCUCGCUCAAAUAUUGGUUCCAAACGAAGAACUUUCUGAAACUCAUUUCAACAAUCUCAACUGCGUAGACGUUCGCCGUAAUGGAAGGCAGUUGAAUACUGGUGAAUACAAAGCCACAAUCCUUUUUGAAGAAUUAUGCUACACAAAAGAUGGCAUGAAAUAUAAAAUCUGGUGCAUCGAUAGACCUUUAUGCGAUACCAGACCCUACGGAUUGUUAAUUGAUGAUGAUUUCGAUAAAUUAGUUACCAUCAAAAAACUGCAAGAUGCUGUAGAAUUUAUACGAUCCGUUGCUAAACCUCGGUACGUUCUUCCCAAAAUCGAUGCCGCUGUUCAGACUUUUAUCAAUAAGCGUAGCAAUUUUUCUUGUUGGAAUUUGAAACAAUUCAUAGAAGAUGUCAAGAAAUUGUACGCUCAAUGUUUAGAAAUUACUAUGCAAAAUCGUAGAUUGAAAGAUAGGUGCCAAAAAGAUAAUAAUCUAAGAAACAACGUGAGAAUAGCAGUGGAAACCUACAUGAUGGAUAAGCUGUACGAACACGCGCGGGAUGUUAUCAACAUAUGCCAACAGGAACAAGUUGAAAGCUUCAACAAAACUAUCCGGAAUCUGUCGGACAUACACAUAUCCGAGGUUAAUCUCAAAUGUAACUAUGCGGACGUGAUUCCUACUAUUAAGAAAGAAUUGCUUAAAAUUGACGACUGUCGGACUGUGGUCGACAAGAUAGGCUGUCUGAAGAAGGCUUUCGAGAUAAUAGCUAGAGAACAAACCGGAUCGUUGCAAAGGGAUACUGAGAGUAAAGCCAAAACAACAGAUGACAUAAUUCCACUGUUGAUAUUUGUCAUUAUAAAAACAGGUCUCACCAACUGGAUAAUGAAUGUUACAUUUCUUAAAGAGCUUCAACUAAGCAAUUGCUCUACAUCUCAACAAAAAUUUAACAAAUUCGGCCAGGAAACCUACUUAGUAACAACCUUAGAAGCCGUUAUUGUCUAUAUCAGCUGUUGUAGCAUCGAACGGACCCAGCGCUUGGGAAUUGAUCUUAUUGCCAGCGAGCACUUGCAGAUGAAACCUUAUUCUGAGAUGAGCUUUCUUAAUGCGGAUCAAUUUCUAAACUAUCUUUUUACGCUUAUGAAAAACAACGAAGAGGAAGAAAUACUUAAUAUAUUCCAGGAUUUUCUCAACAACAAAUCCGGUGGUACCUUACAGUGUAGAAAGUGUCACCCACUUUGUCGUUGUAGCAAAUGCGAGGCGCUGCCAUACCGACCCCACAUUGAUGAUCGGAACCAAAACGGAUUGGCUGCAAUUCACCUUGCAGCUACGCUCGGUAGUCCGAAAUUGCUCACAAUCAUUCUGAACCUAAAGCCGAAUGUCGACAUUGUCGAUGCGAAAAAUUGGACUGCUUUACAUUAUGCUGCUGCUAAUGGUCAUCAGAACUUGAUACUAUUGUUACUGCACGCCGGAAUCAAUAUCAAUAGUACAAGCAACGAUAAUCACACAUCCCUCCAUCUAGCAUGUCUAAAUGGGCACGGUGGAUGCGUGAAAGCGCUACUUUACUUUGCUGAACACAUGAGAAUUCACGUUGACAUUGACGCCCAGACACAUUUAGGCCACACACCUCUACACUACGCUUCCAAAUGGGGCUUUACAGAUAUAGUAGAAAGUUUACUGGAACACUCGGCAUCGGUCAAUAUAGCGAAUCGUCUUGGUGCGACUCCUAUUAAAUACGCCCACAAUGUCAAAAUAGCCAAAAUGUUGAAGGAAUCCUACAUCGAGCAGAAAAAACGUCGAAAGUCAAGUUCAAGUCCCGUCACAUUCGACGACUUUGUAGUGAUCUCCGACGAAGAUUUGUUUGAUGAUUACUCUCUUGUGGAAUAUCGCAAUAUUGAAGAAAUGAAGCGUAUCGAUAAAGCCGUUGCUGCGAUCGCGGCACACGAUAACAAACUUGCAUGUUUUUACCUUGGGCUGGACUUAUUCCCUCCCAGUGCAAUGACCGACAAAUCUUCCUCAAAACACAUAUCCGAAAAAGUAUGUCACCCGCUAUGUACAUGUCCGCGAUGCCUGAACGAUUCAGCUGAUUUUUAUACCAUGCUCAAGAAACCAUUUGCUUCUACAGGCAACGUUUCGCCUAAAAUAAAUCUCAACGCAACUAAUGGCGAAGGAUACACUGCUCUGCACGUAGCAGCAUUGCAUGGAAAUGUAGACAUGUUGAACAUUUUGUUGGAUAAUCGGGUAAACGUAUCCGCAAGGACCAGGUUUGGCGCAACCGCGCUACAUCUGGCUUGCCGUGAACGACGUUUCAACGUCACCAAAUUGCUACUUAGCCGACGUUCAAACGAAGAAAUGGUUGAUUUGAAGGAUUGUCGUGGGGAAACCUCACUCCACUACGCGGUCGAGCAAAACCAGCAACGCAUCGUGGAACUUCUACUGCGAGCCAAAGCCGACAAGAGUCUACGAAAUCUGGCUGGAAAGCGACCGAUCGACAUAGCUCGCGAUAGGUUGUUCUUCAAUGUUGUGAGCGUACUGGAGCAAAAAUCUUAAACUUAGAAUCAGUUCAUAAUCUCAUUUAAAGUUACAUAUCCAAAUAUUUAGUCGAAAGGGACUCUAAAACAACACCUCCGAAUAAAACUAUUAAAUACAUCGAUCUUCCUCUUACAAAUAUGAAUAAACAUUUUAUUGGUAAAAAAUA